GACGUCACUUCCGGCCGUUCGAACGGCCAUGGCGGGAGCCGCGGGCGGGCGGCGCUCGGCGGGGGCGGCCCAGAGGGUGCCGCGACACAGCUCCGAGCGUCUGGUGGUCUCGUCGCCCCGGGGUGCUCCCCCCUGGGGACCCCCACCCCACAGCCCCGACUCGGAGCGGCCCCGGAGGAGCCCUCGGCUGCGGACCCAGAAGGAGAACGACCCCUGCCCCUCCCCCUCCCCCUCCCCGCGCCCUCCCCCCUCCCCGCUCCCCUCCCCCAUCGCCGCCCGCGUCCGGCGCUCCUACAGCCGCCUGGAGGGGGGAGGGGGCGCCCCGCGGGGGCUGGGGGGGUCCCCGCUGAGCCCCCUCCCCCUCAACCUGCCCCCCGAGCCCCCCCAGAUCCCCCCCCUCGACCUGCCCGGCAUCGGCGGCGGCCCCGAGCGCAGGAGGAAGAAGAAGGUGACGCCCAUUGACCUCUCGGAGCUCGAGGCCUGGGCCGCUUCCAUGAACGCGCAGUUCGAGGAGGCCGAGAGGUUCCCGCUCGUCGUGGAGUGACCCCGAGACCCCCGGGACCCCCCCAUGCAGGAGAGACCCCCACGGGACCCCCACGGGACCCUCAGGGGACCCUCAGGACUGGGGGGUCCUUGUGCAGGGACCCCCCCAUGCACAGCCCCUCCCCCGCCCUGUGGGACCCCGAGGUGAGACCCCCGUGGGGGGGGAGGGGCUGUGUGGGACGCCCCCCCAUGUGUGGGACCCCCCCCAUGUGUGGGACCCCCCCGGAGCUGUCAGCACCCCCCCGCCCCCGCCCCCCCCCCCGUUUGUUGCCCAUUAAACGAGUUUUUGUCGUGGC